UAAGAUCUAGGGGAUUGAGAAAAUAUCUCUGUAAAAUAAAAUACUUCUUCUAUGUUCUAAUUCUGAGAGCCCUGUCUGCAGAUAAGUUACAAGCUAUAUACCCCUGCAUUCAUAUAAAACCUGUAAAGGCUUCAACAGAUCAUUCAAAGAUUAAUACUACAAAUCAAGUUCGAGACAGCGAUAUGAAAGCUAAUAGAUCAGUGUUUAUUACACUAUUGGCAAUGCACUGUCUGUCAGCUGUAGGUGCUGCGCGAAAUCCAGAUUUCUUUUACUUCAUCCAGCAGUGGCCAGGAUCUGUUUUCAACACCAAUCGAAACUCUUGUUACCCAACAACAGGAAAACCUGCAGCAGACUUUGUUAUUGCUGGAGUCCAGCCUUAUUAUAUUGAUGGCUCUUUUCCAUCGAACUGCACUACGAAGAUCCCCUACAAUCACUCUAAGAUCAGGGACCUAAUAAGCAGAAUGCAGAAGAGUUGGCCAUCACUAUCUUGCCCAAGCAACAAUGGCUUCUCACUAUGGUCUCUUGAGUGGAAACAACAUGGCACGUGCUCAGAGUCUGUUCUCGACCAACAUACUUACUUCCAAUAUGCUUUGAACCUCAAGGAUAAAGUGAAGCUCCUCCAAAACCUUCGUAAUGCAGGGAUCAAACCAGAUGGGAAAUUAUAUAGCAUUGAUAGCGUGAUGGAAGCUAUAAGAGCAGAGAUUGGAUACUAUCCUGGGGUGAAAUGCAAUUCUGAUAAAUCUGGACAGAUGCAGCUUCAUCAAAUAUAUAUUUGUGUGGACACUUCAGCAACAAGAUUUAUUGAAUGUCCUGGACUACCAAAUUUCAGAUGCACUUCCACCAUCAAGUUUGCAACCUUCUAGGCUCUAGGCACGAUGUUUAUCUGUGCUUCUUGAGUAUAAGAUCCAUUAUCAUUUAUAAGACAAAACACGGGCACCUCUCACUUAGUUUUGUACUUAUUCGCAGUCUUCAUGCGAAUGCUGCUAUAACUCAUAAAGAAAAAUGGUAGAUGCUAUGAACUUCUAUAUGUUUUGCAUCCGUAAAUGUAUUUUGGUUUCCAUGUUCAUCUUUUAAAUUUUUGAAUGUGUAAAGUGUAUUAAUAAACGAGCCGA